AUGGCAUCCACUUCACCACUUGCAAAAAAUUCCCCCAUCAUCAUCGUCGGAGCUGGCAUCUUUGGUCUCAGCACUUCCAUCCAUCUCGCUCAACGAGGAUACACCAACAUUACAGUCUUUGAUAAACAGCCAUAUCACGAGACUCUAUAUUCUUACGAUGCCGGCUGCGAUUCGGCAUCUUCAGACAUCAAUAAAAUUGUGCGCUCAGCGUAUGGCUCUCAGACCGAAUACCAAGAUCUCAGCACCGAGGCUCUUUCUGCCUGGGCAGCAUGGAAUGAAGAACUUAAAACGAGCAGCAGUCAAGAUGGGAGCGAGGAUGCUCUUCCUCCUGGAAUGACCCCCCACGAUGCCUUCUUCAUCCCCAAUGGGCAUCUUACUUGUAGCGAUGCAGAGACACUCCCAGACUUUGAGCGAGCCACUGUUGAAAACAUGGAAUCUGCUGGCCAUCACGGUACGCAGCUCAUGAACAAUGAACAACAGGAUAUCAAGCUUGCCUCUGACAAGGGCAUGGAAUAUGCCCUGCAGCCCUUUGCGAAGAACGUUCUGGGCGUCUUGGACACCACCGGGGGUUUCGUCCUCGCCGACAAAGCCUGUCGCUUUGCUCUCCAUAAAGCAAAGAGACUCAGUGUCCGUUUCAUCCUAGGCCCUGAAUCAGGACGAUUCACUUCCUUUACAUACCGUGCAUCUACCUCAACCUCAACUUCUACUAAUAAUAUCAUCGCCGGCAUCACCACAGCGGAUGGCAAAUCCCAUCCAGCAGCCCUUACAAUUCUCUGCUGCGGCGGCUGGACACCCUCACUACUCCCAUCUCUCGAUUCCCUCUGCGAAACGACUGCAGGCUCUGUUUUCAUGCUCCGCAUACCAGAAUCGUCUCCUCUCCGCAAACGUUUCCACCAUUCUCGCUUCCCCUCUUGGUCAUUUAAUAUGCGUGACCAUGGCGCUGAGGGCGGUCUUUACGGCUUUCCUGUUGACGAGAAUGGCGUGCUCAAGAUUGGAUAUCGUGGGACAAAGUACACGAAUCCCCAAGCACAAUCUGAUGGCCAAGAACGUAGCGUGCCAGCGACUAAGUGGAGUGGCAGCGACACAAUCACGCAAGUUCCUCAACAGGCUCACAAAGUUGUCACUAGAUUCUUGGAAGAAUAUCUUCCCGAAUUGGGAAACUCUGGCAUUCACAUCUCAGAAACGAGGCUGUGCUGGUAUACAGACUCUUUCGAUAACCAUUACGUUAUUGAUCGCGUGCCUCUAUACCAAGGCCUCAUGUGCGCCACGGGUGGGAGCGGACAUGCGUUCAAGUUUCUCCCCAGCAUAGGCAAUUGGGUGGUGGACGUGAUAGAAGGCGUUGGUUUGGAGAGGCCUGCUAUUAAAGCAUGGAGAUGGAGGUCGUUGCAAGAAGACGAAGAGCCUCUUAAUAAACUGAUGGAGGGCAGUCAGGGCCCGAGGUCGUUGUGGAAUGUACCGUUAGUAUUGGUCUGA